GUGAGAGGAGGAGACGGAGUAGGAAUAGAGGAGGGCUUGGACGGCAUGGUCCAGCUAGAGGGAAUGGGGAGGAUUGAGGGGGAUGGAGCAGAGAAAGUAGCGGAACUGAGAAUGGAAGAUUUUGGAGUGGAGAGCACGGAGGAUGGAGUGCGUGGAUUGGAGAGAGCGGAGAGUGUGGAGGUGGAACGAGCAGAGGGAGUGGAGAGGGUUGGUUCCCUUCUCUUCCGUGGAUCCGUGUCACCUGACAGCUCCAACACAGCGGCGCACCCAUGGACGGGGGUCAACACAUUCAGCAGCAGCUGUAGCGGCAUGAUCGGCCUCACCGACAGCAGUGUUAUCAGUAGCAGCGUGAUCCCCACGCCCUAUGCCACGGACGGGACCACCUGUGUUCGAGACCCGGCAAACUGCGACCCCAGUGGUGGCGAUGUUGUGCCUCACCCCGUCUGGCCGUCGGACGAGGCCAGAGUGGCGGGCGUCGUUUCCGCGGCCUCCGCCGCGCCGUUCGGCCACCCGGGUUCAGACCCGACCCUGGCUUUGGUCGAUGCUGGGGUGGCGGAGGGGGAGCCACCGCCGCAGGGGGGGGCCCCCGUGGGGGAGGAGGACAAGGCGCUGUUCGCCGUGGUGGGAGACGCGUGCCUCAUCGUCGACCUGGACGCGGCCGCCGACAGGGGCGGCGGGAGCAGCGGCGCCGAGGCCAUGCGGCAGGACAGUGAAGGGGGCUCGCGGCCCGCUAAUGGAGGGAGUGACGGGGUCCCCAAGGGGCCGCCGGGCGGCCUGGUUGACCCUGCGGACGGGGGAGAGCGCCUCGGUCGUUCACCCGACUGCCGCCUGGCUGCUGACGGAGACUGCACGCUCGCCGUGACGGGUCGGGGAGACGCAGCGGAGGUGGAAGAGGAGGAGGAUGACGAGCACUGUAAUGGCCAGGAGUUCCCGUGUACCGUCGACUGCUGCCACAGCGUAUACAGCAGCAUGCGCAAGCUGCAGGUGCACAUGAUGGCGCACACUUACGGGCGCCCCUACAGGUGCACGUGGGACGACUGUGGCUGGUCCUUCACCUCAUCGUACAAGCUGAAGCGGCACUUCGUCUCACAUGAGAAGCAGCGUCCGUUCGUGUGCGAGGAGGCCGACUGCGGCAAGCGCUUCUCCACCGUCUACAACCUCAAGGCACACCGGCGCGCGCACGGCGCCGGGGUCACCGGCGCGCCCGCCUGCCUCCUCUGCGGCGCCGCCUUCGCGACGCCGGCACGCCUCGCUGCUCACCAACGCGUCCACGCCGAGCCUCGCCGCCCGCACCUGUGCGACUUCCCCGGCUGCGAGAAGACCUUCUCGACGGCGAACGCACUGGGCGCGCACCGGCGCUCGCAUGCACGCGCGCGCGAGCUCUUUGUGUGUUCCUACCCGGGCUGCGGGAAGACGUACGACAAGGCGUGCCGCCUCACGCUGCAUCUGCGCAGCCACACCGGUGAGCGCCCGUUCACCUGUGAGCACGAGGGCUGUGGAUGGACGUUCACCUGCAUGUCCAAGCUGCUGCGUCACAAGAGGAAGCACGCCGACGAGCGGAGGUUCGCGUGCCGGGAGCCGGGUUGCGGCAAGACCUUCACGAGGGCCGAGCACCUCAAGGGCCACACCAUCACCCACUCGGGCACGCGGCCCUUCACCUGCGACGUGCAGGGCUGCGGCGCCCGUUUCUCCGCACGCAGCAGCCUCUACGUCCACUCGCGCAAGCACGGUGCCGGCGGCGACGGCGAGGGCGGCGAAGGGCUGCGCUCGCAGUGCCCCGUGGCCACGUGCGGAAAGCUCUUCGCUUCCGUGCACAGCGUCAAGGCGCACAUGAUGAAGCUACACAACGUGAGCCCCGCCCAGUUCGCUCUCCUCGAGCAGUCCGGUUGCCUCGUCCCGGCCUGCGACCCGGACGAUGACCCCAGUGGCGGCAGUGUCGACCCCAAGCUGCUGACGUCCGACCUCUCCUCUUCCUGCCUGACCGCAACCUCCGACCCCCUGAGCGGCGGGGGGUCGCCGCCGAGCUACGGGGACGACGUACUCACGGUGGACGGCACAGCGAUUGGCGGCGGUGCUCGCGGGCGCCUGUGCCGGACCUCGCCGCAAGAUACCAAGCGAGGGGGCGCGGGAGGAAGCGGUUCACCGGCUGGGCAGGGCCUGGCACAGGGCGGUGCCGCGCCGGCAGAACGGCGCCGGCAGCACCAGCAGCAGCACGGAGUGGAGGACCAGGGAUUGAUCCCAGCGGUCUCCUCGUCGCCCUCAAGUGGUGCCGCCGCCGCCACCGCCAGCACAGAGACGACCGGUGUCAUUUGCCCGGGCCUGCUGGGAAGCUUGUGCAUGAAGCUGGAGUCCACUGCCACGCUCGGCGCGGAGUUGCCGAGUCCCCCGCCUUCUUUUGCCGGUGCAGAGACCGGCACCGUUUUGGCGGCGGGCGGCCACGACACGUGUGCCAUGCGCCAAUCCUCGGUGGCGCUGUCCCACACGCCGCUGAGCCUCGAGAUGCUGCCGUCAUCGCUGCCUCCCGCCGCUUGCGCCGAAGCCCAAGCGCUGGGGCUGCUGACGCCGCUGGGGGGAGGGGGGGAGCAGGCCAAGGCACUCGCACCGGCGUUCUGCGGCCUGGGAUCGCUGAGUCCAGGGGAGGUGGACGUGGCGCUGGCAUCGGUGCAAGCGCUGCUGGAGAGCGGGGGCUCUGCGCGCACCGACUACCGUUCCGUGCAGUUGGCCAAGCACAGGAAGCGCAAGAUCGGUGCCGCCCCCUACAGCACUGGGGCUUCUGGCAAGAAGAAGAGCAAGUCAAGUAGGGCUGUCACGGCCGGGGUUACUGGUGCUUACUCGAGCGCGCUGGCGCUGCAGGACCCGGGUAGCACCGGCGCGCACUACCUGCAGGUGCAGAUACUGCAGGACGAGGCAGGCGGCGAGGGGGACCUGUCGUUUGGGCUGGGCUCGCAAGGCCCGCACUCGUCGCACUCCACGGACCUCCCCGUGCACAUCCUGCAGGAACAGGCGUCGUGCGCUGCAGGCGAGGAGGUGGGCGACUUUGGCCUCAUUCACCCGGGCAGCUCGCAGUUUCCGGGAAGCACCAUCAACCUCCAGGACCUCGAGUAGACCCUCGAUCACUUCCAUCGGACCCGACAGCUACAGCCCCCCACCCCGAGUGCACGGCGACACCCACCGUCACAGCGGUCAGCCGAGCUUCGGCUGCAGCGCUUGAGGCUGAGAGCAUCGCCCGACGAGACCCGUGGGGCGGGCGACGACGAGUCUGGGCUUCACAGGCCUGCCGCUUGCCUUCCCAGAGGACUUGGGAAGUGCGAAGGGGCUUCCCGUGGAGAGGUUACCUCCACGGAGCAAGUUUACAAAGUGUACAGAACGCGAAGAUGAUGGUAUAGGGGAGCGUGUG